UAGUCCGUCGAUAUUACCAAGUUUUUCGGUCGUUUUUCACGUGGCGUGAGAUUCGUUAUGAAUCUUUCAACAACCACCAGAAGAAGGACAUACAGAUCGUGACCGGUUCGGAAGUUCGAUUACAAAAAGAAAAAAAGAAAAAAAAGAAACCGAUGAUCGAUGGGGUUUAAUAGCGGUUCUCGUUGAUCAUCCUGGUCGAAGACAUAUAAAAUACACAGUACAAGAAAGAACGUGAACCAACUCGAUAACCGGGACAAGUGUGCGUGUGUGGAUUAUUAUUUUUCGAUCGAUGAAAAUGUUGUCGCGGGACCUGUUGUUGACUUUUGCUACGAUGGUGUCGAGUCUGUCUGCGGCCGUCGUUGUCGGUGCUUCCGUGGAUCUCGACUCGGGUGACUACGAGGUGCUCGCAGAUAACGAGGGAAAAUCCGAUGACAAUGAUUCGCCGAAUGUCCGAGAGGUGAGGUGUUACUGUAAUCAACCGGAAUGCGUGCCGCAAGGAUACAUGUGCCGCGGCAGAGGCUGCUUCACCGAGCUACCAUCCAACACGAAUCCAUCGUUAUUAAGAGCGGAGCACAACGCAUACAGCGGUUGUCUCGACGAAAGCUUCAAAGAGCGGCAAUGUCCCACGGGAUACCUCUGUUGCGAGCAGGAUCUCUGCAACCACGUUGAUAGUCCAGCCAUGAGAAACAGGCUGAACAAGACUCUUCAAGUGUUGGUCGGUGACCAGCGACCUUUCCUCGGCCCGUUGCAGCCGAUCAAUCACGGGGGUCAGUCAACGGACGGCUGGUUCAAGACUGCCACGAUCGCGGUACCGAUUUGCGGUCUGAUCGUUCUACUGAUACUGGCCAGCCUAGCGAUUCGAUUGCUUCAGCCAGUACCGACGCAGAACGACAAACUCGGACCGCAUCGGAUGCCCGACAACGGGCCACCGUUAUUAGGACCACCGAAAGUGCCUCUCGUCUGAACGACCCUUUCCUUCAGCGAUCCAAAGACGUUCUAAGAAAAGAAAAAGUGUUCUAGCGGAUAGACGUAUAGUAAGACUAUAUAGGAAGCUAGCGGGCUCACUGAUGGCUCCACUUGGCUGUGAAUUUUGUGAAAAAAAAAAAAGAAAACAAAAGAACAAAAAAAAUACAUGCGACUGCUGUAAAUUAAUAACACUGCGUGUUGUGCAUCGAUCGACGCGAUCCCUAUACGUCGUGGCAGAGUGUCAGGUUUGAUGAGUGAAUGAGAAAGAGAGAGAGGCCCGACUGAAGAGGACCCAUUGUACCAUGACUCGAUAACGGAAUACAAUGAAACGCAUGAUAUCGCCUUAAUAUUGUAGCAUUGUAAAUAGAUUAUGUAUUUUCUAUCGUAUUAGAUGAGUACACACCGUUUACUUAGGCGGCGAACAAACGCUGUAAUGUAAUCCGGCGGUUCCACAAUUUCGUCGAACCUCUCGAAUCCAUGCCACGGGAUCGUUAUAAUCUAGCAAUAAAGAGGAAACCGUUGUUCUUCCUGCCCCUCGAAGAAGCAACACGAACGAACGAAGAACAAUGAAAGU